UGAUUUUUUAAUUCAAACAAUAAAUAGUUUGAUGAAUCAUUUCAUUCAAAAGGUCAUAAGUUGUUGUGUUUUAAAUCAGUACAACGGUGAAUUUGUGUCAAACCUGAAAAGUAUACAAUGGAAAUAAGACCCAGGGAAAAUAGUACUAACUGGGUAGUUCAUUUAAGAGAUUUUAUUGGCAAAACGAUAUCGAUUUUAUGUCGAGAUGGACGAAUUGUACUCGGUCACCUUCGGACCAUUGAUAAUUACGUCAAUCUAGUCAUAACUCAAACCAAGGAAAGGAUUUACGUUGAAAAUAAGUACAGUGACAUCCAAAUAGGAACUAUAAUCUUGAGAGGUGAAAAUGUGAUCGUUUGUGGUUUAGUGGAGCCUUCACAGGAGAGACAUUGUGAAUUUGAAGAAGUACCAAUCGAUCAAUUAUAUGACUCUGGAGUACCAGAAAAUGUGAAUUUAGGCAAAAUUGCUAUUGCACGGAAGAGAGCAAAGGAAGGCUUCGCUGUUAGCGGUUUCUCUGAAUAUUUUUACGGCUUCUGAUUGAAUUCAGCUGAUUAUUAUUUCAAAUCAAUUCAUGGAAAACUUUAACCUUCAUUUACAUUAAUUUUAUUACGCUACAUACAUAUACAUGUAUAUAUUAUAAGUUUCAUGUCAUAUCACCUGAUUGCCUCGUUUUUAUGCAUUCAUCCAGUAAACUUUUAUCGAAUACAUUUAUAAAUUAUAAUAAUUUCAAUCUUUGCUGACUUCCAAAUUGAGAUCAUAGUAGAGACUUCAUAAUAAACAUACAAAACAAUCAAA